AUGUUGCCUUUGGAAAAGAAGUUAAGAAUAAGAAACACGUUAGUAAAAGUUAUCGAAAAUUACUUACGAGAAGAAAAAAAACCUUGUUAUGAACAUUAUCAAGAAGAAAAACUUACGUUAUUGCAAACGUUGAACACUACCAUAGAGAGCAAACUUGGAAAAUUUUUAAGUAUUACGGAAGAGAUUUCCGAAAUUAUUGAAGAGGAAGAUCAAUUAAUAAAAGAUGCUCAAGAAAGUAGUGACUUUGAAGUACGGGUAAGAAAUGAACUGCUAAUACUUGAUUGUUUCCUAAAAUCAAAAGAAGAUAGAAGUGACACAGUCAGUACGAGGUCAGUUAGUGCUUCAAGCUCUAUUAAACUGCCAAAAAUUGAAAUAAAAAAAUUUGAUGGCGAUCCAACUAAUUGGGUUUCAUUUAUUGAUUCUUUUGAAGCAGCAGUUGACAAAAACGAUCACUUGUCUAAUGUUGAAAAAAUGAAUUAUUUGUUAGGAUUUGUUGUUAAAGAUGCUGCAUCUACGAUAGGCGGUUUAAAACUGAGUAAUGAUAAUUAUGAGAUUGCUUUAAAUUUGUUAAAAGAUCGCUUCGGAGAUUCGCAAAUGAUAAUUUCAGGACAUAUGAAUAAACUAUUAAACUUGGAGCCUGUCAUGGCUAUUUCUGACGUUCGUAAUUUACGCCAAUUGUUCGAUAUAACUGAGGCGCAAGUGCGUAGUUUACAAUCUUUAGGAGUUGAAUCUCAAAACUUUGGCUCAAUGCUUAUACCUGUGUUAUUGCAAAAACUGCCAGGAGAAUUGCGUCUGAUUAUUAGUCGCCAACUUGGAAAAAACGCAUGGAAAGUAAGCGAGGUUAUGCAAGCUUUUAAAACUGAAUUAGAAGCGCGAGAAAAAGUUUCAACCGGUCAGGAGGAAAGCCCUUGUUUUUCUGGUGCUUCCCCUUUAUGUUGGAAAUCGACGGAAUUUCGAUGCGAAAGAAAGAAAAUGAAAGGAUUAUGCUUUUUAUGUCUACAGUCAGGUCAUGUAGCAAGACACUGCACAGUUAGAUGGAAAUGUUUUAAAUGUAAGGGACGUCAUCAUGUGUCUAUUUGCAAUAAGGGUAAUCGAGACCAGGAUAGCAAUGAUCAGAAUGAAGGUGAGGGAACUUCAAAUAACGUGGCGAAUACUGAAUGUGAUUUUAACGCAGUUUUGUUACAAACUGCGUCUGCGGACAUAUGUCAUACAUUUCUCCGCAAGCGGCGGAAAAAUUGA